GAACCCUAGGAGUUAAGAAGAAGAAACACAAUGUUGCUAAACUCAGUAUUUUCCAGAAAUGGCUACAAACUCGGUAUAACCCAGUCACCCCCAAUUACCAACACCAAAACUAAACCCCAAACAUGGAGAAAAACCCAGAAAUUCCGUCCCCACCUCCAUCAUCCACCAUUACAACCACCACCACCACCACACCAAAAGCGCAACCAAAACGGUUCAUACGCAACCAAAUCCCCGCCUCAAUCCUGAACAACCCAUCCCUAAACGCCGCAAUCUCUCUCCUCCCACCAAACUACAACUUCGAAAUCCACAAAUCCAUCCACCGCAUAAACUCUCUCUCCUCCCCUUCCCCACGCAUCGCUCUUCAGCUCCCAGAAGGUCUCCUCAUGUUCUCCCUCUCUCUCUCCGACAUCUUCCGCACCUUUGCUUCAGUUUCCGACGUUUUCAUUCUCGCCGACGUUACUUACGGCGCUUGUUGCGUCGACGAUCUCUCUGCCGCCGCCCUAGGCGCUGAUCUUUUGAUUCAUUACGGUCAUAGCUGUCUUGUUCCUGUUGAUUCUACGGUCAUUCCGUGUUUGUAUGUGUUUGUUGAGAUUGGAGUGGACGUCAAAAAACUCGUUGAGACCGUUAAAAUCAAUGAUUUAGGGAGUCGGAGUUUAGCAAUUGCAGGGACGAUUCAGUUUGGUGGGGCAAUUCGGGGUGCUAAGAUUGAGCUUGAGAAAUUAGGGUUUAGGGUUUUGGUACCUCAGUCGAAGCCGUUGUCGGGUGGUGAGGUUUUGGGGUGUACUGCACCUAGGGUUUCUAAGAGGGAUUUUGGGGAUGGGGGUGGGGAGGAGGAAGAUUUGGUCAUUCUAUUUGUGGCGGAUGGGAGGUUUCAUUUAGAGGCGUUUAUGAUAGCGAAUCCGGGGGUGAAGGCGUAUCGAUAUGAUCCGUAUUUAGGGAGGUUGUUCUUGGAGGAGUAUGAUCAUAAGGGGAUGAAGAGUUCAAGGAUGAAGGCAGUAUUGAAGGCCAAAGAGGCUAAGAGUUGGGGGAUUGUGUUGGGGACACUUGGGAGACAGGGGAAUCCCAAGAUUCUUGAGAGGUUGGAGAGGAAGAUGGAGGAGAAAGGGAUGUCUUGGACCGUUGUUUUGAUGUCUGAGAUAUCACCUACUAGGAUUGGAUUGUUUGAGGAUUCGGUGGAUGCUUGGAUUCAGAUUGCUUGUCCUCGACUAUCCAUUGAUUGGGGGGAGGCUUUUGUGAGGCCCUUGUUGACUCCGUUUGAAGCGGAGAUUGCUCUUGGCUUGAUUCGUGGGUGGUGGGAGAGAGAUGGUAGCGGUGUUGGUGGUGAUUGUGGGGGGAAUGGGGGGAGUUGUGGUUGUGAUGAUGGAACUAACAAAGGCGGGGUUGAGCAGAAUGGAGGUGAUUAUCCUAUGGAUUACUAUGCGCAGGAUGGAGGAGAAUGGAAUUCAAGUUACAUGAAAGGGAGAAAUCGCCCCACUAGAAGAAAUCUUCGACCAAGUGUUGCCAAUGGAACGGUCUCCUAACCUGCUCGGUUUAUAGCAAUGCCAUAUGACUCAUGGCUUUGCGGCUUCUAGCAACUGUCCUUCAAGCAGAAGGCUAAUCAAUUUUGCAAUCCAAGUGGAACAGCCAUUAUGACUUGUAAUACUCUUCUCCUUUCUUUGUUCAGUUAUUACCGCAUGGUGAAUCACCUUGUUCUUAAGUGAUUGAAUGUAAGCUACUAGAUUAUGAAGGAUGAGGUUAUAGGUUUUUGUUUGCCUCACUUUCAUCUUUAUAUAAAAUGAAUGAUUUCUAUA